UGAUUUUUGGUUGAGGACUGCAUUCACACGAGAAAGAAGAGGGGGUUAUGUUCACACGGGCAAGGGGUGCAGGGGAGACGGAGGAUGGGAGGCACAAGCGCAGAGCCAACAGGGAGCAAGCAAAAGCGGGCCGGGAUGCCGCCAGAGGAGAGUGACGAUAGGCUUGCAAUGGCCCUCGCAGCCCCAGCUCCAGAUUCUCUGGAUAAGGAUUGGGGCGCGCUCUCUAGCUCACUCGCCGGUCUUCAUCUCUCCGCUCCGGCUCCCAAAUCCCCCUCACCAUCAAACAUUCCCCCUGCAUUCCCCACCCUUCGUCGAUUGUUGCAAUUUCCUCAUCUCCUGGUGGUCUAGCUCGUCAGCUAUGGCGUCCGUCACCAUGGCAGCUGCAGCCAUCGCGCCUGUAGGCCUCGCUGCCAACCUCGACUUGAGCUCCCGGGCGGCGAUCUCUGGCACCCGCACCUCCAUGUUCGUGAAGAACACCAAGGCCAGGACUGUGUGCUCUGCAUCCGCCGACGAAACCGCUACCGUCGCACAGACCGCGGGGAAAUUCGCCACCGCCUUGGCUCUUGCCGCUAUCGUCGGCGGGAGUGACAUGGUUGUGCCCGAGGCGAGGGCUGAUGUCGCUGGGUUGACGCCUUGCAAGGAGAGCAAGGGAUUCGCCAAGCGACAGAAGCAGGAGAUUAAGAAGUUGGAGAGCAGGUUGAAGCUGUAUGCCCCCGACAGCGCCCCUGCAUUGGCUAUCAAUGCUACCAUUGAGAAGACCAAGAGGAGGUUCGAGUUCUACGGUAAACAGGGAUUGUUAUGCGGAACCGACGGGCUUCCUCACUUGAUUGUGGACGGUGAUCAGGCGCAUCUAGGCGAGUUCGUGUACCCCGGACUUGUGUUCUUGUACAUUGCCGGAUGGAUUGGAUGGGUUGGCAGGGCUUACUUGAUCGACGUGAGGACCUCGAAGAAGCCUACCGAGAAGGAGAUCAUCAUCGAUGUGCCCCUUGCGCUUAGGGUCAUGUCCAAGGGCUUCACAUGGCCCCUGGCUGCCAUUGGUGAGCUGAGGAGCGGCAAGUUGGUGGAAAAGAGCGGCAACAUCACAGUCUCUCCCAGAUAAACUCUUGUAUGAUCCUCCUUGUAUCUGUGUUUUAUGUUCAAUAAACCACGACGUUUGUAGCAAAUGUUCUCGCAUUUGUCUUUCGUUUUGUCGUUGACAUCGUGAUGAGCAUAUGGUGUCUGUUAGCCUCGCAUGUCCAUUCCGUCCUCGAAAUGUGUACUGGAAACCGGUUUCUGCUCC